AGGCAGAGAGAGCUCGUGCUCGGCUUUCACAGCACACUGGCGCAGUGCGGAAGCUGCCAGCUCGACAGUCUACCGAGCGACACGAAUCGCUGAUACCUCACGCCGCCGACGCGCGCACCAACGUAACCAGUAAGCACACCAGCACUUGUGACGCCGCCGACGCGUGCCACCGAGCCCUUCGCAUCGCCGAAGCGUACGACGCCGCCGAAGCCGACGUAACCCAGCACGCACAACCAGCACACCGGCACACGCCGCCGACGCGCAGGACAGAUGUCGCAGGCCGGCCUCGGUAAGCCCGCCUGCCAGUAUAGUGGAGCCGAGUUCCGGCAGCGGGCCAAGGGCCUCGCUAAAAGAUUAGGCGAGCCCGUCGAGCGCCUGGCCGCGUUGUGCGAAGCGCUCGCCACAACAAACGCUAGUAGAUCAACAAAGCCGAAGCUCCCCGCGCGACUCUUAAGGGACGCGUCGGCGGAUGGUGGGUUAGAAACCGCUUUGAUAGCCUUGGACGCGAAUCAACGAAAAAACGUAAACGAGGAAGCCCUACAAUGUGUAGAAAAGGCCUGGCUGCAAGCGGGCUUAACCCAGGAGAAGCGCAUCUGCUUCGACACGACGGUCGACGCGCGGAAUAGGAGGGAAUUGACGACGAUAGCGCGAGACAUGAAUUGUACGGUAGUAAACGAGGAAGCGUCCGCAACACAUAUUGUAUUUUUCAAUCCGGCGGUGGAUGCGAUUGUGGACGAGUCCGAGUAUCUGAGGACACUAGUAGUGGAUGACGCGCGACAUCUAGCGCUGGUGCACUGGUGGUACCGGCCCGAUUCGAGUGACGAAUGGAUCCCGUUGGAGCGCGUCGAGGGCGCGCCGCCGCCUCUCAAGGACGUGGACGCCUGGGCAAGACCGCCACUAACCCAGGGAGGGCAGCCCUGGCGCGUCUGCUGCCGCUUUUUGCGAGACGCGAAAGUAUAUAACGAGUUCGGCGACGAAAGAGAUUAUGUGGAGGAGGAGGAGGUGCGUGUUUCCGCGUCUUACGCCAUCUUCAUGAAUCGUCUCCGGGAAUGAUGGACGUGGGUGGUCUCUUUUUCGAUUUUGAGCCGUUUGAGAGACCGCGGUCGCGGCGACGCCGUCGUCGUGAGCACGCGAGAGUCCACGCGUUGCGCGAGAGAGUCGAAGCGACUCCACGCCGCCGCGACGCCAUCGACGCGACCGUCAGAGUCAUUCAACGCAGGAGGACGAGCCCGAGCCGAUCAAACCGGAGCCGAAGAAGUCUCGGAAACGCAAGAAGCGCGAGGACCAGCCGCCGCCGCGCCGCAAGUUCCGCGUCAAGGCGCACGAGGCGGCGCGGCCUUCAGGGGGAUCGAACGCGCGCGUCGACAUCACGAACGCGGGCCUGAGGGUCGGCGCGGACCGGCCGCGCGACAUUCCCGCUGCACCGGCGGCAACACCACAAGCGCCGGCGCCUCCAUCAUCGUCUGUCGUCCUCGACGGGGAGGCGUUCCGGUCUUCUACCAGAUUAGACAGAGCAGCGUGCCCGGAAUGGUUUUGUGGAGACAGCUCAAAGACGCCGGCCGCGUUUUUAGCAGCAAAAGCCUGGAUGGUGUCUCUCUCCAAACGGUCGGCGCCGGACCAGUUCCUGACCGCCACGAUCUGCCGCCAGCGGUUGUCCGUCGACGCGGCGGCGGCGUUACGGCUGUGGAGCUAUCUGGAUGCGAUCGGCGCGGUCAACGCCGCGGUGCCGCCCGACCGUCGGAGAAGGCCGCGGCAGCCCGCGCCCGUCGAGCCGCCGCCUUCCGAGAAUGAAGAUUUGUGGACGCCGGGGCGCCUCAAAGCGUUGGUGGCGUCGGCGUCGGUCGGCAGCGACUGGCAGACGUGCGCCUCGGACGUGUCCCAAUCCGAGGGCGGCGUCGUCACGCCGAUCCAGUGCUGCGCGAAGUUCGUCGAUCUAGAUCCUGCGAACGUGAAGGAGAUCGCCAAGUCCGAGCCGGUAUUGAAACCGCCUGUGCCGGUGGUGGUCGACGACGGCAAGGCGGCUUUGGACGCUUUAGUGGCAGCGCGCUUGGAUCGGCUGGAGGACCGCGUGGCUCGUUUAUCAGAUCUAGAACGACAAUUAGCCGACGACCAGGCGGCGCAGACCGUAGAAAGGGCGCGGCUCGCGGCCGAGUGGGCGGGCGUCGCGCUGAACCUCGAGCCCUAGUCCUGUCCAUCCCCAUUAAGUAAGUACAUAACCAAGUCUCACG